AUGGGCUCCUUGGCCCCGUUCGCCCGCACGACGGCGGCGGCGGAGACGAUGUCUGGCCCGCCCGCUGGGGCCUACCGGGAAAUGAAACUCGAACCCCGCGAGAUGCAGGACACUUCGUGGCCUGCGCUAAGACCCACGGCGGCCAGGAGACCCAAGGCGACAACGACAGCCAUGCCUCUGGGGGACUCGUACCCGCACGACGACACCUACACGCAUUCUGGGUGCAAGAACAGCGUGCGUGCGCUGGCGCUGCAUGCCGACGAGUGGCUGCGCGCCGCGUUCAUCCCGGACACGCGCGUGCUCGCGUGGAGCGAGCACGCCACGCCGCAGGAGUACGAGCGCCUCAAGCGCUUCCAGCUCAUCUACGGCUGGGGCGGCAAGAACUUCUCGCUCGUGGCCAACGCGCUGCGGCUGCUCAACACGAGCGCCAAUCGGCACAUGUUCGACGACUGGAGCCAGCGCUGGAGGCGGCGGCGGGCACCCCAGUGCGUCACGUGCGCCGUCGUGGUCAACGGCGGCAUCCUCAACGGGUCGCGCAUGGGCCGCGAGAUUGACAAGCCCCACUACUUCUUCCGGGUGAAUGCCGCGAUGACGCGGGGCUACGAGGAUGACGUGGGGAGCAGAACGAGCUUCUACUUCUUCAGCACCAACACGAUGCGCAACUCGCUGGGCCGAUUCCGCAAGCAGGGCUACACCUCGCCGCCCGACACGCCGGAGACGCGCUACGUCUUCAUCCCGGACAGCACACGUGACUACCAGAUGGUGCAGGCCGCCAUCACCAACACGCCCGUCACCUCUGGACGUGAUCGCUCAAAGCUGCCUCCCAGCUACUUUGGCAGCGCUCCGGGGCCUGAGAAGUUCAAAAUGCUCCACCCCGACUUCUCCCGCUACCUACGGAACAGAUUCAUGAUGUCCUCGCGGCUCAAGGGGCGUCUCCGCAUCAUCUACAGGCCCAGCACGGGAGCCAUGAUGCUGCUCACCGCACUGCACACAUGCGACGUGGUGGACGCCUACGGGUUCCUGACCAAGGACUACGCCAGGUACUCGUGCUACUACUACGACAAGGUGAAGCGCGGCGUGCCCUUCGUAGCCAACCACGACAUGAAGCUGGAGCUGGUGCUGUGGGCGCGCCUGCACAAGUCCAAGAUGAUCCGACUCUACAUGGGAAAGGGCAAUUGAUGCGUGACGAACUGCGAAGCGCGCUGAAGAGUGGUGGGGUAGGGGGGGGCGGGGGGUUGGGGCCCGACACGGAGCAUCGGGUUUGGUGGGGGGGGGGGGCUUGGGGAAAAGUGUUCGUCGAACUGUCACUCACCCGCCCACCCGCUUCGAGCCGCAAACUUGGCCGCGUUUAUUCUUGGCCGUGGUUAAGUUGCCGCGGUUAUUCCGGAGGUCGGUUCCUGCGGACGACGGAGCCGGGCUCGGAGGCGGAAUGGCAGAGCGGCGGGUGGGUUCAGGGGGCGUCUCCGGCAAAACGCGGCGCUCACCGUGAAGCAGUGUGCCAGUGCCUACCAGCCAGGACGCGGUUUAACCGGUGUUUAGAAGCCCUAAUUAUUAUUAUUAUUGUUUUUCUUAUUGUUACGACGAUUCUGCUGAGUCUCAAGACUUAUGUUUUCCUUUCCUUAGCAUCCAUCCUCCGACAAAGUCGGUGGAGAGUUUUAGGCUUGGCCUUGAGUCUUGGAGGCCAGCACGUGCCAUGGCCUCAAUAUAACAAAAAAAAUAGUUUUUUUUUUGUUAGUUUAACACAUAGCAACGUUUUUGGAUUUAGAUCGCGUUAUUUAUAAAUGUGUCGUAACCCUCCACCACCCGACACGGCCAAUCAGUAAAAAAGUGUCACGUUGACAAAAGACAAAUAGUUAACUGCUUUAGCCCACCGGUGUGUUGAAGCCACAACAUUUACAAUUUGAGUACGACGUUUCGCUGGUAAUUGCAUCCAGCAUCAUCGGGCAUGGUGAGGCUCUGCUGUGUCUCCCGUCCUUAUAUAGAGCAGCAGCAGGGUGACGUCAUCAUUUUUUUUUUUGCUUCUCAAAACGCUGGAGAAUUUUCAACGCUCGCAGAUUCAUACACGGAGGCGCGGGGAAACUGCAGAUGAGCUGGAAGGCAGUCAAAACUGACACUGUAAAGUGAGAGAAGGGGUCUGAAAUAUGGAGGUGUUAAGUUUUGAUAGUUAAUAGCGGCUGUGUCAUGCCACACCCAGGGUAACCGUUUAAAGUAGGUGUGUCGAAUAAGGUUAUCCUGGGCAUUUCCGUGCUCAUUUAAGCAGUUAUGGAUCAGGAAUAGAGAGAAAUUAUAGAAAUUUUGAAUGCAUGCUCUACUCCAUGCUUGACUCCAUGCUUGACUCCAUGCUUGACUCCAUGCUCUAUCCCAUGCUUUAUCUCAUGCUCCAUCCCAUGCUUUAUCUCAUGCUCCAUCCCAUGCUGUAGGAGAUUGCCAGCAGAGGAUUGCCAAUAGGACCGUACACGCGUACACCCUGCACUCGCGUUUUCGCAGAGUACCUAUUUAUUAAGACUCGAGGGAAGUCGAGGGAAGUCGAGGGAAAUGCUGACGCCUUUUAAGCUUGUUGACAAUUUAAAAGAUGGAAAAAAUUUGUUUCUUUUCAAUUAAUGUUUUAUAAGAUAACGGGGGGAGGCGGGGGGGCGGGGGUAGCAACUUAACUGUAUUUUAUUAAGUAAUGACAAAAGAGGUUUACGUCUUUAGUAGUGUAUUAGCACGAUGACUUCACAACUGUCAACCCAUACGGAUUUAGUCGUAUUCUUGUCCAGGGAAAUUGAGUUUUCAGGUCCGUACGGCGUACAGCCGUUUCAAUACGGGCAACAUUUUCUUUUAUAUUCGUUUGUGUUUCUCCCAUGUGAUGGGACUUUGUAGGUUAGAACGUUGAGAUUCAUAAGGGCACGAUGGUGACCUACAACGUCCAAAUUGGUCUGUAAUAAGGUUGGGGCACUGAUAAGGGUUUGACAGGUAUGCGCUCGUGUGUUGGAGAGUACCCCCGCGACGUUUACACCUCGAGUGCUGUGACAUUUUCGCCGGCAAUUGCAACACCCCUGGAGCCCAUCGGGCGACAGACAGAAUUGCGGAGAAAUCCUCGACUCCACGUGUCCGUCCUUAAAUCGAGGUAGGGGGUAAUGUGAUGCCGUUACUGUGGUCCAAUCAGACCAGAAGCGGCGGCGGCGGCGGGGGUAAAAGUAUAUUAUGUAAUUUACAACUUAUGCGUGCCAAUGUGUCAGCGUCGUUGUAUACACAACCAGGCAUCAUCGUCUUCGUCACCCGCGCUUCGUUUUACCCGAGGAGAGACUCACCCGAGCUCCCAAUGUUCGUUUACAGGAGCGGUCCUGCCAAGUUGUAACAAGUAGAGAGGAGGCGGCGAUGAUGAUGAAGCUGCUGCUGCCCGUUUGUACUGCCACUUGAGUAAUUUACGAGUCAUUUGAAUGUGUUUUGGCCGAUGCCAGCUACGUUGUGUACCGGGGAGCGGUGGUGUAGCGGUUAGCGCUACGCUGCGCUACGCUGCGCUACGCUGCGCUACGAACUUGGAGACCCGAGUUCGAUUCCCGCUCACGGCCAACACCGGUGACGAUUAUCUGAACCGGUUUUGGGCCUCCCCUAGGUCGACUCAGCCUCAAAUGAGUACCCAGUGCGAUGUGUAGUAAACAUAGCCACUAGCGAGAAAAAGGCGGUCGGUCGGUCGUGUGGUGCUGGCCACCCCAGACCCCCUCGUGUGCCGUUCUGGCCUUCAUAGGUGCUCGCUGACAGCACUUGCUCCAACAGUCUGUUAAGGCUAUACGGGGGGGGGGGGGAUCUUUGUCUUUGUGUGAACUGCUCGUUGAGUCAAUUUCGAUUAACUUUUCAUCAGGUGCUUGGCACGAGUGUUACCACCGUGCCAGCCAACGACGAAAUCGUGUGAUCAGUAAUCCCUAUAGGUGGGUUGUGGUGGUGUAGACAGAAUGGGUGAAUUCUGAUUAAUGUAAUGCUUUAACGUUGUUUUUUUAAUACCAUUUGAUGUUUUCGGUAAAGUCACGUAGGUAUGAAAUUAAAUGAAUCACGACGUUUCGGGCGCUUGUGUUGCGCCCGAAACGUCGUGAUUUAUUUUAUUUUUUACCCACGUGACUUUACCGAAUGAACCCAAAGAAUAUGGCUUCCUGCAGUCACGAAAGUUUAAAAUCAAGGUUUUUAAAAUUAUUAUUUAAAAUGUGUCGAAUCGUCGUCGUCGUCGUCGUCCGCGCAAAUUGCACCUCGCAAUCCGGCAGGCAGCACCAAGUGAAGCCGGCGCUGACAACAAUCGGCACCAAGCUCUGCAGUCCUCUACAUAUUAAGAUGUUCGCAAGCCAAUCAAUGCGUGUUCAUACCAUUCAAUGAGUUCUUUGAUCUCUCCGCUAUUAGGCUAUGAAAAGCGACCAAACGACUGUCUCGAUAGACAUUCAUAAUGUAGUUAACAUGGUGUUAGAAUCGAUGUGAAAUGACGUAACUGCUGGAUUGUUGUUUGGAAACAAAACGUUGUUGAGCUGCUACCGUAACAGCUGUUGUUGUUGUUGUUGGGGUAGCGGCCACGCAAAUGUUUACAUGGCGUGCAAUAAACCCACGUGAUUCCAGGCCGUCACAAAAAAAUCA